GACGGGAGCGAGAAGAGCGUGUGCGACUGCUACGCGCUGCGCUCGCUCGGGCUGGGGGCGGACGCGGCCGGCGGCGACCCGGCGCUGGCUGGGCGGCAGCCGCCGCACUCGGACGCCCCGGAGCCGCCGGGCGAGGGGGCGACGUGGCCGCUCGCCGACGCGGACAUGCCUCUCUCGAUGGUCGUGUGGCGCGGCGACUUGGUGCACGCCGGCGCGGGCUACGCGGAGCCAGAGCACUUCCGCGUCCAUGCAUACGUCGACCCGCCCGCGCGGAUCUACCAGCGGCCAAAGGGCAAGACGAACCGGUGUCCGGGCGUCUGA